CUCUCUUCCAACCCAUCUCUCACUCACCCUUUCUCUGCGCUAUCUGUCUUUCGCUCCUCCCUCUUUUUUUCUCUUUAUCUUCUCUCUAAUUCCCGUUUACCUCCCCCUUUCCCAACUCAAUCUGCCUCUCGCUCUCUCUCCCUCACACACACAGACAGACAGAAACACACACAGACAUACAGACAGACAGAGAGGAGCGGGGAGCGCACAUGUGAGUCGAGGACCUCCCUAACCGCUCAGCUCCACUCCGUACUCCAUCCCAUGGCAGACAGAAAACUGGAGAAGAGGAGGAAUAGAGGAAUACUGCAGUGACCAACCAGCUGCUCUCUCUAUCGCUGCUCCACUGCUUUCAUCCUUUCUUUUUCAAAUUAUUUCUCCCCCCGUGCCAAUUAUACCAUGAACCUGCCUGCUGCUUGUUCCUAAGGACAGCAAAACAGGGAGCAGUGGACAAGGUAUUCUUUUGUUGCUAAGCCUCCUGAGCCUAGGACACAGCAGUCAUGGAGGAGGGAUCCAGAGACCAGGGACAACAGUGUGUGGGGACAACAGAUCCCGAGGAGGACUCUCCCAACACGAUCAUCUACAGAAAGAUUGAAGAUGUCAUUAUGCGGCUACAGGAUGAGAAGGCAGGAGGGGUGGCCAUCCGAACUGUCAAGAGCUUCCUGUCCAAGAUCCCCAGUGUGGUAUCAGGAGCAGACAUUGUGCAGUGGCUGAUGAAAAACCUCUCCAUUGAGGACUCAGCUGAAGCCAUUCAUUUAGGGAGCCUGAUCGCUGCCCUUGGCUACCUCUUCCCCAUCUCCGACCACGUCCUCACUCUCAAAGAUGAUGGGACCCUGUACCGCUUCCAGGCUCCAUACUUCUGGCCCUCUAAUUGUUGGGAACCUGAAAACACAGACUAUGCUAUCUACCUGUGCAAGCGCACCAUGCAGAACAAGGCCAGGCUGGAGCUAGCUGACUACGAGGCUGAGAACCUGGCUCGACUGCAGAGGGCCUUCGCCAGGAAGUGGGAAUUCAUCUUCAUGCAAGCUGAGGCGCAGGUCAAGAUCGACAGGAAGAAGGACAAGGCUGAGAGGAAGAUCCUAGACAGCCAGGAGAGGGCAUUCUGGGACGUCCAUCGCCCUGUGCCAGGCUGUGUAAACACCACAGAGAUGGACAUUCGCAAGUGCCAGAGAGAGAAGAAUCCACAGAAGGUGAAAAAGUCGGUGUAUGGGGUAACAGACGACACCCAGACUCAGAGUUCAGUCCACCAGUCCCUCCCGUCCCAGCCGUCCAGGAAGCCCACCAGAGAGGACGUGCAGAAGGAGAUUUCCUUCUUGAACAUGCAGCUGGACAGACACUGUAUGAAAAUGUCCAAAGUAGCAGACAGCCUCAUGAGCUACACAGAACAGUUCAUGGUCUACGAUCCUUUAGCGUCAACUGUUGAACCGUCCAACCCCUGGAUCAGCGAUGACAUGACCUUCUGGGACCUGGAGGCUAGCCGGGACCCCAGCCAGCACCGUGUGAAGAAGUGGGGCUUCUCUCUGGAGGAGGCCCUCAAGGACCCAGCGGGACGGGACGCUUUCCUCAAGUUCCUGGAGUCGGAGUUCAGCUCAGAGAACCUCCGGUUCUGGUUGGCAGUGCAGGACCUGAAGCGGAGGCCCCUUGAGAACGUGGCAGCCAGGGCCCAGGAGAUCUGGCAGGAGUUCCUGGCAGAGGGUGCACCCAGCUCCAUCAACCUGGACUCCCACAGCUAUGAGCUCACCAGCCAUAACCUAAAAGAUCCUGGACGAUACAGCUAUGAGGACGCACAGGAACACAUCUUCAAGUUGAUGAAAAGUGACAGCUAUGCACGCUUCCUGAGAUCCAACAUUUAUCAGGACCUCCUGCUAGCCAGAAAGAAGCUGACAGAGGGUGAGCAGGGCCGCCGUACCUCCCUGGAAAAGUUCACCCGCAGUGUGGGCAAGUCAUUGACGGGCAAGCGGCUGACAGGGCUGAUGCAGUCAUCCUGACACUGCCUGGGCUGGAGGGGCACAGACAGACACCCCUGGAGGGGCCAUGACCAUGCAGGGAGAGGGGCGCUGCUGGGGUGGGGAGCUCUGCUCUGGUGGGUCACAGACAGUGCCAUGCAGCGCUGGAAUUAGGACUACUCACAGAACCACAGAUCAUGCCAGCUGG